CGCCCCCUUGCAGGAGCCCAGCGCGAAGCUGACAGACGGAUGGACGCUGGGGAGCGCGGACACACGGCGCGUGCUGUCGUGGACGCAGUGAGGAUAGCAGAGAGGGUCUCCGGAGAGAGAGCGGUUUAGGGCAGAUCUACAGCAGGUGAUCGAUCCUCACUGGAGACACUUUCCACACGGAGAGACGCCCUGCCUGGACCGAAGCGGUGAGGCCCUUGGAAGGAGGGAACGAUGGACAACCAUGAGAAAGGAGAAGAACACGACGGGGGAACUCCGGAGAACGAGAGCGACAAGAGGAGCAAAGAUCAGCGCAACGAGGUCGAGAAGGGCGAGAAGGAAGGUAACGGUGAGAAGAAGGAGAAGGGAAAAAAGGAGAGCAGGAGGUCAGGAGGAUGGGCGCUGAGCGAGCGCCUGGCCAUCAACGUGUCCGGGAUGAGGUACGAGACCCAGUUACGCACAUUGGCCCAGUUUCCCAAUUCGCUCCUGGGCGACCCUCAGCGACGCCUACGCUACUUCGACCCGCUGCGUAACGAACUGUUUUUGGACCGCAACCGCUUCUGCUUCGACGCCAUCCUCUACUUCUACCAGUCGGGGGGCCGCCUGCGCCGGCCGGCCAACGUGCCUCUGGAUAUCUUCAUGGACGAGCUGCGCUUCUACGAGCUGGGCGAGGACGUCAUGACCCGCUUCAAGGAUGACGAGGGCUUCCCCAAGGAGGAGCCACGGCCGCUGCCGCGGAAUGAGCUCAUGAAAAAGCUGUGGAAGCUCUUCGAGCAUCCCGAGUCAAGCGGCGGGGCCCGCAUCAUCGCCAUCAUCAGCGUCAUGGUGAUCGUGGUGUCCAUCGUCAUCUUCUGCCUGGAGACGCUGCCCGACUUCAGACUCGAAAAGGAGAUGAGAGAGCAAAUGGCGUACCACCCCCAUCACUCAGGGAACGGCACAGCUAACGCCGCCUCGUUCUCCCCGUUCCACGACCCCUUCUUCAUAGUGGAGACCAUGUGCAUCUGCUGGUUCUCCUUCGAGCUGCUGAUGCGGUUCUGCUGCUCGCCCAGUAAAACGCAAUUUUUCAAAGACAUGAUGAACAUCAUCGACUUCUUCGCCAUCAUCCCGUACUUCAUCACGCUGGGUACGGAGCUGGCUCGGUCUCGAGGGGGCACGCCGGCCAUGUCACUGGCCAUCGUGCGUGUCAUCCGUCUGGUCCGUGUGUUCAGGAUCUUCAAGCUGUCGCGCCACUCCAAGGGUCUUCAGAUCCUGGGCCAGACCCUGAAGGCCAGCCUGAGGGAGCUGGCACUGCUCAUCUUUUUCCUCUUCAUAGGCGUGGUGAUCUUCUCCAGCGCCGUUUACUUCGCCGAGGUGGACAGCCCCGACACGGCCUUCACCAGCAUCCCCGAGGCUUUCUGGUGGGCCGUGGUGUCCAUGACGACAGUGGGCUACGGCGACAUGUACCCGGUCACGGUGGGUGGCAAGCUGGUGGGAUCCAUGUGUGCCAUCGCCGGCGUCCUGACCAUCUCGCUUCCUGUUCCCGUCAUCGUGUCCAACUUUAGCUACUUCUACCACCGGGAGAUGGAGUGUGAGGACGAUCAGGAGUACACACACGUCAACACGUCGCUCUGGGAGAAGGAGAAAAACGAGAGCGACGAUGAGGACGACGGCGAAGGGGACGAGGAGCCCGACUACACGCCGCUGGAGAGCUGCAGGGGGAUCUGCGCCCCGCUGAACGGGACUCUUUUAGCCGGGUUGUGUUCUGGGGAUCAGAAAGUGGGCAUCAUGUACCAGGGAGAGCCGCUCGUCACCCAAGUAUGAGCGACUGGUGGACAGAAAAAGGGAGAGUGAACGAUGGACCUUUCCAUCCUGCUUUCAUUCUAAUUUUGCCUUAGAGGAGAGAUCAGAAAAGUCAACGAGAACUAAAUACCGCGGCAGUUUUGCGCUCUGAGAAGAGAAACCAUUUAUUUUGGAAUGAUGUAUGAAGCGUGAACUUUUCCACACAUACUUUCGGUCUCCAGAAUCAUCAGGACCUGUUAAUGGUUGUUAAUGUUUAAUUUGCGCUGAACUUUAAUGAUUAAUGAUUUAUUAAUGCUUACUAACAAAAUCAUGUUAACUAGCGUCAAUAAGACUGUCAGUUCAGGGAGUGCUAACCUGUUAGCUAUAUUAGCAUCAUAGCCCCAUAACGAGCGACUUCAGACAGCAGAAACGCUUUUGUUGGUUUGUUGACUGUGUUUGGGGUGAGGGGAACAGUGUGUACAUACCGUAUACCUUCUAAUCCACUAUUGCUGUGUUUUUAAUUAGGGUGACCAUAUAAGAGGACACUUGGCAGGCUUUUUUUUAACAAGACAGGCGUGCAGUCCAUCGAUCUGUAGCUGUUGUGAUGCUUCAUGAUGUGAAAUGCAAAAACUCCCUCUGCAGCAGUAACAGCAUCUCCUGUGUUAGCCGCUCUUCACCUGACGAACUCUCUCUCUCCUUUAGCUGCACUUGUGUUUUGCUGAACUGGCGCCUUUAUUUAACACCCACGCGUACGUGUCAGCUUUGCAGGCCGUACAUUCUUCUUCUCACGGAUCCCGACCCAUUUUUUUCUGUAAUUCGACUGUGAAUUUUCAUUUGCGCUUGGGCAUUUUUUUGCGAGGUGCGGGAAGGAGGGAUCUAAAGAGGAAGGUGACAUUUUAGAGUUAGAGAUCCCAACCGGAUGCAUUUUUAGGUCCAAAAAAGAGGACGUAUGGUCACCCUAUAUUUAAUUUAUCUGUAGCUGAUUAAAGUGUGUCUGUAUUUUCGGACAGUUUGGAAAUCAGCACAGCGUCGCUAAAAAUGUUGAUGAAACUGUUGAUGGAAUAAUGAGAAGCUUCAGGUCUCAGUAAGGAAACAAUAUAUUUAAGGAACCUUAAUAGGAGGGAAGAGGAUUCAGUUAUAAAUACAGAAUAAAAAUACACUAUAUGGCCAAAAGUAUCCGGACACCCCCUUCUAAAAUCAUGGGCAUUAUCAUGGUGGCACCACCACCCUUGUUUUAAGGCUCUCCCCAAGAGUGUUUCUGUGGGAAUUUAUGCCUAUUCAGUCAAACACUUGUGAUGUUGUUGAACAAGAAGGCCUUGCUUGCCUCACAAUUGGCGUUUCUGAUCAUCCCAAAGUUGAAACAAGUUUGGGGAUCUUUAGUUUUUUCACACCAAACUUAAAGGAAAAGGAAACAGCCUUCCCUGAACUGUUGCCACAUAUAUAAAGGCACAUAAAUUAUUUCACAGAACUGAUUUUAUACAUCUGAUAGAAAUAUCUGCACAGAAAUUAGGAGGGUUGUCCCAAUACAUUUGUCCAUAUAGUGGAACUACACAGCAACAAACUUGUCAGUGUCUGUAAUGCAAGCAAACCCAACUGAGUCAGAAACGUAUUCACUCACUCAUUCAUUUAUUCAUCCCACAGCCUGUUACUGACACACACACACACACACACACACACACACACACAUGACUGCAGCGUAACCAUGACCAGCACGUCUUCAUGUCUGUGUAUUUAUUCAUGAUUUAAAGAAUCUGUGCAGACUAGCACCUGCAGAACGUCGUAGCCUAAACGUUUAGACUGGAGUUUACAGGGUUAAAUAAUUCUCUGUGUGGGGGGUUUAGAUGGACAUUAGUCUUAAACUGCACUGAAACGGUGCAUCAUGGGAAUAAGAGACGUUAAUGUGAUGAUGUUGUACAUGUACUGUAUGUAUGAGUGUGUUUGUCAAUGAGUGCAAAUUCUUUUUAAUAUAUAUAUAUUAUAUUAUUAUAGAAGUAUUUAUCCUAAGAACCAGAGUGAACCUUAUUUACAAAUGUAUAUUUAAUAAAAGAUUAUUUUCGUCAUUAA